AUGGAUGUCGAUGAAUGCCCAACAUUCAACUUUGAUAAUAUGUUCAAAUUUGUGGAUACACUGUUUGAACGCAAUGUGGAUGAAUACUCGAAAAAUCCAGAAAAAUUAAUGGAAGUGGUUAAAGCGCAGUGCCUGCCCCAUUUCCAGUCUUGUAAAUCGCUGAAUUGUAUUGGAUACGAUAUGGUAAAAGACGGGGAAUUGGUACGAAUGCGAUGUAUGAUACAAGAUGCUAAAGGUGUUGAAAUGUUCGUGGCAAGUGGUAUAGCUCAUGAUGAUAUAGACCAACAAAAUGGGAGCAAUCCAGGGAAUGAUACGGAGAAAACAGUCUGUGGUGUACUCAGAGAUUCACUCAAAUGCACGGUUCGAAAUAUUUUCUCUUGUUUUGGAUAUUCAUCGAGUUUAUGA